UUUUCCUCUCUCUGUCUCUUUCCUCCUCCUCUCUUUCCCUCUCUGACUUUCCACCUGUUUCCUCCCUGUUUUCUCAAAAAUACUUUCCAGAUGUAGCAGACUGCAGCAGAGCUGACACUGUGACUGCAGUUGGGUAAAGAGACUGCAGCAGAGCUGACACUGUGACUGCAGUUGGGUAAAGAGACUGCAGCAGAGCUGACACUGUGACUGCAGUUGGGUAAAGAGCCUGCAGCAGAUCUGACACUGUGACUGCAGUUGGGUAAAUAGACUGCAGCAGAGCUGACACUGUGACUGCAGUUGGGUAAAGAGCAUGCAGCAGAGCUGACACUGUGACUGCAGUUGUGCAAAGAGACUGCAGCAGAGCUGUCACUGUGACCGCAGUUGGGUAAAGUAAAAGAGAGGAUAUCUACACUAUUAUGGCUGAUGUUCCUGCUCCUCCUUCCUCACUGAGAACAGAGGAGAUCCUCCUGAGAGAGAUCCACGUCAACCUGCUGGAGUGUAAAGUCUGCUUCGAGAAGUAUAACCCACGGCAGAAGGAUCGCCGGCCUCACAACCUGUCCUGCGGCCAUGUACUCUGUCUGGAAUGUGUCCGGGCGCUCUCCCACCCUGUCCUCAAGAAGCUUGAGUGCCCUUUCUGCCGGCAGCUGUGUGACGUUGACAGCACCUCCCACUGCCAGGCACUGACAGACCUCCAGGAUCUUCUGCUCUCCCACUCCCCCAGGUCCCCUGUCCCUCAUCAGGUCAGAGGAGGCAGCGGCUGGGUCGGCGGUCUGGGCUCUGGAGCUCCGCGGCUUCGCUCGGCCUUCGGGGGCUGGGGGUCCCUGAUCAACCCGACGGGGGUGGCCGUGUUCGGGUCCUCUGGGACCAUGGUGGUGGUACACGAUGGAGACAGAAGGGUGGUGGUAUUCGGGCCACAGGGCAGGCGGCUGCACGGGUUCGGGCGGAGGGGUCGUGGCCACGGAGAGGUGUGUCACCCGGUGGAUGUGGCGGUGACUCCCAGCGGGUAUGUGGUCGUGACGGAUGCCGGGGACGGUGCAGUGAAAGUGUUCACCUCUAGGGGGAGUUAUGUUCUGGAGGUGCGGGACUCCUUCCAGAUGCCCUGGGGGGUGGACGUGGACAGCUGUGGGCAUAUCCUGGUCACUGACGUCCAGGCCGGCACGCUCUCCCAGGUUGUGGUGGACUUUGCCCGUGGCGUGACUCUGAUGAACCGAGCGGUCAUAACCGACCUCCAGCGGCCUAAGGCAGUGGCCUGCUGUCGGGUGACCGGGAACAUCGCCCUGGUGGAGACACUGGGGCUCACCACCACACAACCUCCAAAUGGCCCCCGGCCUACCAGACUGACAAUAUUCAACAAAGACUUUAAUGUGCUCUCUCAGAUAGACAGCUUCACUCUGAGCCUGGGGGCCUCAGUGUGGCCCUGUGUGUCUGCCGUGGCCUUUGACAGGGACGGGGAUGUGAUCGUGAUAGACUCCCAGCGGGGGUUGAUUUGGAGUUUGGGAAAGCUCCAGAACGGCCUGGUCCUAACCCCCCUGGUCAGUGAAGACUUGGUUCGCCCGGUGGGGCUGGUCGCCACAGCACAGAACACGCUGAUUGUUUUAGACAGUGGAGACCAUGCAGUGAAGAUGUAUUCAGUUCACUCAGAUGCUAUUCUAGUCCGAAAAUGAUGUAGGCUGACUUGUAUUGUGAAAAAAUACAUAAACAAAAUGCAUAAUGACUGGUGAUUCCCCUGUUUUGAUGUAAAACAAUAAAAUGCUAAUUAAAAUUAUAUUAAUGUUUUAAGCUGAUUUUUUUUUUGUGUGUGAACAGCAUGUUUUUCUUUUUGAAUGCUGUUGGAAAAUAAUUAAAUGAAGAGCAUGAAUAAAAUGAUGUGUGUGCUCUCCUCCCAUUUUCAAGUGUCCCUAAUACUUUGUAAUAACAUGGUAAUGACAGGUGGAUAAUUACUUCUGAGAUAUGCAAAUAAACUAGGCCUACCAAUUGUAAAACUGUACUGUGAUUACACUGACUGCACCUAUGGCAUUACUAAAUACAUAUUUAAGGAACAUUGCUUAUCUCUGGUUACGUUUUAACUGACUGCUUGGUGC